AUGUCUUCCCAACCAUCCAACCACGACCUCGAGAAAUCCUCUCCGCGCCCUCACAGCGCAUCCUCAGACGAAGAAUCAACAUUCGACGACGACAACCCCCAUCACCCCCACGACUCUCUCGACCGCAUUCCCACAACAGCAAGCGCCAUCUCGCGCACACUCUCCGCUGUGCGGACCCGGGAAUCAGGCAAAUCUUUAGGUCCGCCCCCCGACGGCGGAUUCCAGGCCUGGUCUCAGGUUGCGCUGGCGCAUUUCGUCAUCUUCAAUACUUGGGGCUAUAUCAAUAGCUUUGGUGUGUUCCAGACAUACUAUACCCAGACCCUGGGCCACCCGCCGUCGGAUAUCUCGUGGGUGGGCAGCAUUCAGAUCUUCUUGUUGUUCUUUAUUGGGACGUUCUCAGGACGUGCUACCGAUGCUGGCUAUUUCAAGCUGACGCUGGCGGUUGGGGCCACCCUGGAGGUCUUUUGUAUCUUUAUGACUUCCUUGUGUACGGAGUACUGGCAGCUGUUCUUGGCGCAGGGUCUUGGGCAGGGUAUUGGGUGUGGAUUGAUGUUUUGUCCGACGUUGGCUUUGAUUUCGACUUAUUUUGUGAAGAAUCGGGGCAUUGCCAUUGGGAUUGUGGCUUCCGGCUCGGCGACGGGUGGUCUGGUCUUCCCGGCAGUGAUUAUGCGUAUGCUGCCGGCUGUGGGCUAUGGGUGGACUGUUCGGACGUUGGGCUUCAUUUCGCUGGCUACCUUGGUUCCGUGUGUGCUUUUCUUGAAGCAGCGUCUUCCGCCGCGUAAGACUGGUCCCCUGGUGGAAUGGGCGGCGUUCACGGAGAUGCCCUACCUGUUGUUUGCUAUUGGCAUGUUCUUGGACUUCUGGGGCUUGUACGUCGGAUUCUUCUACAUCGGCAGUUUCAGUCGGAACGUCAUUGGUGUUUCCACUGACCGAUCGAUUGAUCUGCUCUUGGUCAUGAACGGAGUUGGUCUGGUCGGUCGACUGGUGCCCAAUCUGCUCGCGGAUCAAUUCACCGGACCUCUCAACCUGUUGAUCCCCUUCAGUUUUGCCACGGCUCUGGUGGGCUAUUGCUGGGCGGCUGUGGGAGAUAUGGGAGGAUUAUGGACCUUUGCUGUCUUUUAUGGUCUCUUCGCGGCGGGCAUUCAAUCCUUGUUCCCCGCCACCCUCAGCACCCUCACGACUGAUCUUAAGAAGAUUGGCGUGCGCAUGGGCAUGGUUCUCAGUGUGGUCGCUGUGGCUGCUCUGAUUGGAUCCCCUAUUGCUGGAGCGCUGGUGGAGCGCGACGAUGGCAAUUAUCUCUAUGCACAGAUGUUCAUGGGGAGUGCGAUCAUCGCCGGCGGCAUCACCCUGUCUUUGGCGCGAGUGGCCAAGGUGGGCACUGGGUUGGCGCGAGUCUAG